UCGACCCCGCGCCUCAGACCCCGCCCCAGCCCCGCGGGCACUUUUGGGCGGUCGCGUUGAGCCCGGUAGGGCGAUGGCGUCCGCGGGGAGCUCUCCUCUCAAGAUCCUUCUGGUGGGCAGUGCCGGGGUCGGCAAGUCCUCUCUGAUGAGUCGAUUCGUCCACAACCGCUUCUGCAGUCGGUACCGGGCCACCAUUGGCGCAGACUUUUUCACCAAAGUGAUGGAGCUGGAAGGCCAGAGGGUCACUGUGCAACUCUGGGACACGGCAGGCGCAGAGAGGUUCCAGUCUCUGGGGAUGGCACUGUAUCGGGGCUCACACUGCUGCGUGCUGGUCUUCGAUGUUACAGUGGCUACCUCCUUCCAGGCCGUGGCUGCUCAGCGGGCAGAGUUUCUGAUGCAGGCUGACCCUCCCAGCCCCAAGCAAUUUCCCUUUGUUCUGCUGGGCAAUAAGACCGACCUCCCUGGCCGGCAGGUCUCUCCCCGGGAGGCUGAGGAGUGGUGUGCCCAGACUCAAGCCCAGUAUUUUGAAACCAGUGCCAAAGACGGUACCGGUGUGGCCCUGGCCUUCCACAGUGCAUCACAGGCUGCCUUGAGGCAGGUGCUGAGGAGAGGCGGUGUUCACCACGCUCCACCCGAUUCCACCCAAGACAGGAGACAACCCUGGGGGUCUGCAAAGCCUCUCCAAGUCCCUCGACUCCCCACUCACUGCCCUCCGGCAUGGCCCAUGGCAGCCUACCUCUGCUGUACAUGCCUAUGGCCAGGGUCCACACCCAGGCCCCGAAGGCACCAGCUCCCAGAUCACUUACGUCAGAGGUGACAGCAUCGUCUGGUGGCAGGAAAUAGUGUGUCACCAUUACAUUGGUGCCCUUAAUAACACCCACGUCAAACCACUGGUUCUCCUUCUUCACAGGUGUUUUGCUGGGUGGGGGUGGUAGGUCAGGCUUCUGGAAGACAGCAACGGGGAGACAGGAUUAGGCAAGCACCCCUCUGGGCUGGAGGCACAGCCUCGUGGCCCACCACGCCCAACUCACCACCCCAAUCGUCUCUAUGCCGUUGGCUACUUCAGUCAGGGUGGCCGCUGCCUGCAGCUUUGCUGGGCUGGCUACCACAACUGGCUGGGGCGCCACAAACGUGUUAGAUGGGGCCAAACCUGGGAAGAAAGAUGGUGUCAGAGCGAAAUCACCCCCCCCCACAGCUCCCCUUGGCUUCUGGGUGCAUGGUGCCCCCACCUUGGGCCACGCCACAUUCCCAUCUCUUACAACUGGGGCCCAAGACCUCCCAGUAUCCUCUGCCCAGCCUAUCUGUGGUCACCCCAGCCCAUGGCUGAGCAGCCCUAGCUAGCAGCCACACCCCUUGGUGCACAGGCUGAGACCCAAUUCUUCCGCAUGUCAAGGGAGCCUCCUUCCAGCAAAGGCCGGGACCCUGCUUACUCUCAGUGGCUGUUGAGGGAAGCAGGGCCACGGUGCUGGGGACGGCGGCAGUCAGCUCAUUGAGGCAGUUGCUCUCGAUGGUGGGGUCAUUGAGGCUGUCAGCAGGGGCCAGGGCCUCAGUGGGCAGGUGGUGCUGUGCCUGGGCCUCCUGCAGCUGCUGCUGCUGCACCAGGGCAGCCAGCUCCUGCUGAGUCAGCACAAUGGGGAUGGUGGUGGGCUGGCCCUCCUGGCCCUCGGCCGACAAGUGCCCCAGCUCUGCCUGGGUCACGGUGGCCGCCGCGUCGGACGUGUCCAUUGGCUCCCCGGUGCCUGCUCCAGAGGGGAGGGGAGAAAAGCACUACUCAGGAAGAACACAGUGGGGGGUGGUCCCUGCCUUCCCACCCCACUGCCCUCCCUCCCAGGUUCCGCAGGCAGCAUCUCCAGUCACCUCUUCGGCUGCCCACACUCCCCAGCACCUCAGCCCUGUCUGGGGUCUUGAGCAGGGGAAGCUCAGGAACCCUCCCAUCUGGCCUUGAGCAGAAGAGAUCCAGUGAGCCUAGCUGUCCCCUGGACCUGUCCCCUAGGCACCUACCCAUGACGGCUUGCUGGGCAGCCUGGAGCACUGCCUGGAUGGCCAGGGCCUGGGCUUCCUCUGUGGCCGCAGCCUGGGCAGCUGCUUCAGCUGCAGCGGUCACUGCUAGCUCCUCAGGGGUGAGCCCUGUCACCAUGAGGGUGGUGGUGCCCGCCUGGGCCUCGGCCAUCAGCUCUUGGGGGAGCGCCAACUGGUCUACCUCAGACUGUGUGGGCGGGGGUGGCUGGACCACCACGGUGGCCACCACCGCGGAGCUGGCAGGCUCCUGGCCCGAAGAUGGGUCCCCUGUACUGCUCAAGUCCACGGCUGCCUGGAGGUCAGGGGCCUGGGUGGCCGCCAGGGUGUCAGCGGGCUCCCCCAGCAGGGGUGUGGAGGCUGGUUGCAGGAGCUGCCGUGGGGGGAGCUGCUGGCGAGGCCCGGGUGAGACCUGGAGGUCCUCUGGGGGCUGCAGGAUGUCAACAGCAGAGAAGGGCAUGUCAGAAGUUUCUGUGUUGGCUAUGGUCACUGUUAUCGUGGCCGGGAUGGGGACUUCGGUGGUCAGAGCCCCGGGGGUAGUCUCAGUCAUUGAUGAGAUCCUCUAGAAAGGGAGAGAAGUCCCCGUCAGAGGGGAGGAGAGGGAGGCCAGAACAAGGCAGUCGGGCCAAGGAGCGGGACAGCCUUACUCUCUCCCCACAGACCUGCUUCCAUUCUUGAGGG